UUGUAAACCUAUAGAGUUCAGUGUUGUGAACAUACGACGACGCGACGGAGACGAUAUCGGCUGGAGGGAUUGGAGUGUGCCGUUGUCAUAAGAUAAGGGACUUUUGGCAUGUUUGUAGCAAUCAUUUGGAGUGCUGAUUGUAGAUGAAUCAGAUUGAGAUAAGAUUGUACUGAAACACUCAAGACUGAGAUAAAAUGGAGUCGCCACAUCAUAUCAAUAAGGCAAAAGGCAGGGGCCCAUCACAGGCUGCUACUGGCUGCGGCGUGGGACCGCCGUCUCUGCCCGGCGCCGGGGACGACCCGUACCCGUCUCUGUCCGACUAUCACGACUACGAGCCACAGCUGGAGUUCGAUGACACAGAGGUGGCGUGCGCGACCAACGCAGGCACAGACCCGGAGCUGGAGGCCGAGCUGGACCUGGCGCUGGACGGCACCAUGUCCGACGGCGCCAUCGGCACCAUGGACGGCACCAUCGAGGAAAACUUCGAGGAGGCGCUCGGACCGCUCUCCCUCGGCCUCGAGCUCGGCGACGACCUCGAGCGGAAGGCGCGCCUCUCCACAGCGGCGGAUUUCAGAGAUGUGGCGCAGCAUGGAAUUGUAGACGUGGUGGGCGAUGACAGUUAUGGGAGGAAGGUGAUUGUGGUGUCUGCCUGCCGACUACCCAGCAACAAGGAACUCAACCACGCCAAGCUGCUGAGUUACUUGAUGUUCACACUGAAUCAGUACGUCGAGCAAGACUACAGUCUGGUGUACUUCCACUACGGGUUGAACAGCAAGAACAAGCCGCCGCUGAGCUGGCUAUGGCAGGCGUACCGCGCGUUCGACAGGAAGUACAAGAAGAACCUGAAGGCGUUGUAUCUGGUGCACCCGACCAACUUCAUCCGAGUGGUGUACAAUGUGUUCCGGCCAGCCAUCAGCGUGAAGUUCGGGAAGAAGAUAAUGUACGUGAAUUAUCUCCACGAGCUGAAGGAAUACCUCCCGAUGGACCAAAUCACUAUACCGGAACCCGUGCUAGAACACGACCGGACUCUGAUGACCAAGCCGUCGCGGCCUGUGGCGACCCCGACCGCCUCGGCGCAGUUCCAUGCCCCACUGGAGACGCAGCAGUUUGGCGUCAGUCUGCAGUUCAUCAAGGACAAUAAUGGCGGCGACCCGGUGCCGCCCGUGCUGAGACAGUGUGUCGAGUUCCUGAGCCACCCGGACGCUCUGGAGACGGAGGGCCUGUUCCGACGCUCGGCCAAUGUGCGCCUGGUGCACCAGCUGCAAUCGCAGUUCAACCACGGCGAGACGGUGCAGCUCACCGAGCCGCACCUGGCCGCCGUGCUCAUCAAGUCCUUCCUCAGGGAGCUCGAGGAGCCGCUCAUGACCUUCGACCUGUACGACGAAAUCGUCCAGGUGCAAGCGAUGCCCAAAUCUGAGCGGGGCACCCUCGUCAAGUCUCUGGUGCUGGAGAAGCUUCCGGAAGACAACUACACCGUCCUCAAGUUCAUCAUCCACUUCCUGGCGAAGGUGAUGGACCGAAGUGACCUCAACAAGAUGACCUCUGCCAACCUAGCGGUCGUAUUCGGACCGAACCUGAUCUGGCACCAGAACCGGCAGAUGUCGCUCUCUGCCAUCGGGCCCAUCAACACGUUCACCGACUAUCUUCUGCAGAACCACCAUCAGCUGUUCAUCUUGUAGCGCGUCCUCGAGCGGGGGCCGGAGCGGCCACACCAGAAGCUCGCUGGCAGGUGGGCGAGUGGACGAGCGGCCGGUCCGCCUUCCACACCACACACCUGUCUUGUCAUCUGACCAAAGAGCAGACUAUGCGCGGUCGUUCCCCUACGCUCGCUGUCACUAGCUCUCUGAGGGGAUUCCGUGGCACCACGACCCAUGACCACCGGUUAGGCGGCUGGAAGAGACUCCCAUCAGGGGUAGCGUGCGGUGGUGGCCGGCCUCUAUGCAGGAGCACCGCGCGGCGAAGAGGUGUCUACGCGCCGCGGGUCGAUGUGAAUAUACCGCGUUAUCAUCUACACUGGCGUGCUGGGUCUACGGCGACCGCACGGUGCGUCUAAAGCUCCAAGUUCAACUAGUCCACUGCUCCAAACACACAUCAGCACACGCACUAGCUUGAGACGCGGCCGAGCGACCGGCGCGGGCGGCCGGCUUAUAGUAGGUGCCGCGUUAUACACCUAUUCCAAUCAUGCCGAUGACUUAGUAUAUACAAGUAGCUAAGUGUGAGAGACGUUGGUUGACUCGUCUCGUAGUAAUGUUUAGAGGCUUGUGAGCUAGUCGACCACAAAUGUCUGGCGUUGCGCGAAAGGAGGACGAUACCCUAGCGAGGACAGGGGUCUUGUGGGGGCGUUUCCAUAGGGAGAGCUAGGGAGGAACGUAGUCCCCGUCGGCGGGCACAGGACAUUCCUCGUGAACCUCCUUUAGUCGGCGUCUGUCUGCCAGUAUCCGGCCCAAAACGGUGUAAGUGUGGACCCGGACCACUAGGGAGUUCGAAUCUAUCCAACCGUGUACGUGCGAGUGUUUUUGGGUCGGAACACGGUUAAAGUCUAGGCUGAUGUGGGUGCGGAAUGAUUUCAGGGGUAUGUAUGGUGUGGGACCACAAGCUCUUCUAAUGAAUUGAACUUCUAUGCACACAUAAACCUUUCCCUUCCCUCUCAUCUCACUGGGAUUUUUUUUUUAGACCCUCCACGCAACAUUAUUGUCCCCGGGGACCUUUGCAAACCUGUCACUGCGGGAGCCGGGACCCUGUGGGACCCUAGACCGGACCCCUUAUUCGACCCCAUACCUCCGGGCUAGUCCGGUCAGGCCCGGCUCUAUCUUCCAUGUGAUAUUGCGGUCGGGUGUGCUGGGUGACUGCGGCAGUUGUGUUCGGAGUUACUAGCACCGAGGGUACACCGAAGGGAUGCAGUAUGUUCGUCGCUAAUUGCCGACGAGCUAGGCUAGGGUUCUCUGAUGAGACGUUCUUGAGUCGCGCGUGGUUUCGCACACACGAGUUAACCCACCUGUUGGCAUUAUAGACAGUCCAAUCGUUUGUAAGUGGGACGUCUGUGCCGCUGGGUUAGAGGGCUAGGUCUGUGGGGAGUUCUGAAUGCACCCGGUUUGCUGCUCCGGUGCGGUUGGGAAUUGAGUUCGGGCCCUUUUGCGGGCUGGAGCGACCUCUCGUUCUGUGACCAUGUCAUGGUGUGUUCCCACCCAGCCGAUGCAUUUUAGAGAUGUGCAUUUGUUCCGGGUCUUUGCCGGUAUCGCCUUUUCCCUAUGUAUGCGUGACUUUGUAUGUUGUUUUCGCUUGACCGUGUGCCGGGCGGCUUGAAGCUAUGCAGUUUGUCUGCACUUGUUAUGGAAAACAAAGCACUAGUGAACCACUAGGUAACGUUUUUGAGUCGUCUUUCCAGUGCCAUAUGGACGCAGAUGCCCGCUUUUGCCGCAGACGGUUUCGUAUGUGCACGUUGUUUAUUUCGCUCGGCAGCCGGCGUGACGUCAGAAUAUGUGGUCUUGUGACGUCAUUUGGCGAUAGUGUGACGUCAUUGGGCGGCUGGCCGUCCGAUCGCGGGCACGGGUCGACGGCCGCUCAUCCACCGUGUGCUAAUAAUACAUGUUACCAAAUGUCUUA